UGGAUACAUACUACAUAUUCAACUUGUCAUUUCAAAAUAAAUUAUUCUUAAACUAUCUACAUUUAAUUGGUACUGUUGUACUUAACUAAUCAUUGUUUGAAACAUUUUUUCGUAAGUGAAUUAAUUCGAUAAUUUUAAAAUGGAUACAGUUAUUGAUAGAGGUGCGCCAAAAGCCAGAAAUUUUGAACCGUACGCAAGUAAUGGAGGUUCAAUCGUUGCUAUUAGCGGAAAGGAUUUUGUCAUAGUGGCUUCUGACACUCGUCUUAGUGAAGGUUACAUGAUUUAUACGCGUAAACAAUCAAAAUUAUUCCAGCUGUCCGACAAAUCGGUUCUUGGAUGUACAGGAUGUUGGUGCGACACAUUAUCACUGACUAAUAUUAUUCAAUCUCAAUUGAAGUCAUAUUUGCAUGAUCAUAAUACAAUAAUGCAACCAGGUUCUAUUGCCCAAUUGCUAUCCACUUUGCUAUACAGCAGACGUUUUUUCCCAUAUUAUGUAUACAAUGUUCUUGCUGGUCUGAAUGAGAAUGGUGAAGGUUGUUUGUACAGCUACGAUCCUGUUGGCCAUUGCGAAAAAGUAUCUUACACGGCUGGUGGUAGUUCUGGUGUUCUCAUGCAACCAUUUUUAGAUAGUUGGUUGGGAAAACGAACAGUUGAUAGCCCUGUAUCCGAAGAAGAAGCACUGAACUUGGUAAAAGAUGCAUUUACUGCUGCUGGAGAACGUGAUAUAUACACUGGAGAUGAAGUAGUAUAUAACAUAAUUAAGAAAGAUGGAAUCAAGUCUGGUGUUGUUCAACUUCGUAAAGAUUAAAUAUUCAAACAAAAAUACAACAUUAUUAUUAAU